AUGAAUUGGCACAGGGGAUCCACGGUGAUCGUAGAGCCUACUCCCGCCAGGUCGGAAGGCCCUGGUAAGAAAUUGCGGAGGAAGCUCCAGAAGAUCGGCGCCCCUCAGCGUUGGUACAAGCCUAACGACCACAACGACGCCAAGAAGCCGGGUGCCACUAUCACCAACGCAGACAACAAAGUGGCUCUAUCAACACCUGGUCGCGAUGAUGGUAAAUGGCUCGAGCAGCUCCGUAAGAGCGGAUCUCUCUGCCGUGGUCAACCAUCUGUACAACCUAUCGAGAAGUCGCUGCGACACUCUAUGCAAGUCAUUCCUGAAUUUGCACAUCUCGCCAUUGAUGACACGAAACCGGGAAGACAUCUUGAUAGGAGGGCCUCAUGCGCCAUCCCUCCUUCAGCCUCGUCCGUAACGAGAAGAUAUGCGAAGACACCCGUCCAUCACAUAGGGCAAUUAGAAGGCCGUUCGAGAAGAGAGCAAACGGAGACUCACAGGGUUUCGGGCGUAGAGGAGAUCGCGGAAUCCUAUAGGGCCUUACUGCAGUCGAGUUGCGCGAUAUUGAACGACACGAACCAAGUUGAACCGUUGCGCCUGGGAGAGUCUUACCGUGCCAGCUUAGACAAUCAAGCCGUACGAGAAGAUAUCACCCAUGACUUUCCCGAUGCACUGCUUGUGAGGACAUCUCCUCGCUCUGAUGAUGGGACGCUGGUGGCUUCCGAGGUGGAUUCGGUCUCCUUUAAACCUUCAUUUACACCCGAACUACCAUCGCCUCGAGAGAUUCGUCAUCAAGUACCGGCAAUCCCGCCGCGAAGACGAGGAACACCUGGGAGCCCUAGCCUGCAGAUCUGUGUUGACCUACUCGGCCAAGAGCUUUCCUCGGCUGCUCGAGGGUCGGCGUUUCGACCAAAUGCGGAAACCUCCUCAUUACAAGUAUGGGUCAUGAUAGAAGCUUACGAGAGGUUACGAGAUAAGAUUUCGGAUAUGCGGCUAGACGAAGACCAGCAACGAUCGUUGAAUAUGAUGCUUGACACAUGGAUUAAAGCGUUAUACGCAGUCCAUGGUAAGAUGACGGGGAACGACGGAAACGAAAGUGAGAGUGACUACGGCGACUAG